AUGUCCCUACAUCAGUCUGUCUGGGAUGGUCAGAUCAACGUCAAGAUCGUCUAUGAGGAUACGGAAUUCCUUCUUUACAUUCACCGAAACGCAUACUUCCCAUUGCACUACGCAGAUAUAGCAAGCUACUUCGAUUCGGUGGUUUCAACAGACCUCACUAAAUCACCCAUAUGGCUUGAGCAUGAAGACGUGCCAUUGAAAUGGAACCUACCGGCGGGCGUUUUGUACGAUUUAUUGUAUCUUCCUGCUGCGGAGAAGCGGAACGAGUGGGUGCUUCAACUACGGUUCGACAGCCCGGAGCUGCCUUACCCUAGCACUGACAUCAUACCCUUCUCCGUAUCCGAGGACUCUAUAGAUUACUCCUCCAUGCUAUCCCAGGUGGUGGUGAACCAGCUCAAACAGUCCACGUUCGUGAUGAACGGCAACGCCAAGGCCAUGAUGACCUUGAGCGAGGACGAUUCCAGGUUCUUGUGGAAAGCCAUCGCGCUGCACGAUUAUAACGGUUUCCACAGCAUCGCCAAAAAGCUCCAUCCUCGAGGCCAGCUGAUCCAGCGAGUGCCGGUGAAGGUGUACGUUGCAGGAACGCCCGUGAUGAUCCAGGCACCAAUUGCUCCUCUGCAAGACGGCAAGGCCACUACCUUGAACGACUUGUUGCAAAACUGCUUCUAA